AUGGAAAAAUCAUCUAUUCAAUUGAAUGAUUUACCUGAUGAAAUUCUUUUGAUUAUUUUUAAAAACUUAAACAAUAUUAACCUACUUUAUUCUCUCAUCGGCGUUAAUAAACGACUUAAUAGAAUUGUAUAUGAUUCUAUGUUUACUAAAAGUUUAAAAUUAUUCAAUUACUCAUCAUAUGAUUAUAUUCAUCCAUUACCUGAUUUGAUGCUUGAUCGAUUUUGUUUACAGAUCUUACGUGAUAUUCAUCAUAAUAUCAAAUGGCUUGAACUUGAAUCUUCAUCUAUGAAACGUGUUUUUCUUUCUGCAAAUUAUCCGAAUUUAUUUGGACUUAAUGAAACUUCUUUAAUGCAUAAAUACAAACAUCAAAUCUCAUCACUCAUGAUUAAAACUAUUAACAAACGAGAUAUAUCAGUAGAUAUAGAUACAUUGAUAUUCACACAUAUCUUUAAUAUGUUCACCAAUUUACAAUAUUUAAAUUUGAAUCCAUUUCUCUGUGAUCAACGAACAUCAUUCGUGUAUUCGCCUUUAACUGUGUUCUCGUCAACUUUAUUAGAAUUACAUGUCAAAGUAAACUUUAUUAAUGAUUGUCUUUAUUUACUUGAUGGUUGUUUCAAUCAACUUCGAACGUUCUGUGUUGAUAUAGUAUUUUCAAUUCCUCGUUCGCCUAUAAAAAUAAAUAAAAUUCGUUCAACUAUAUUGUUAAACAAUCAAACUGAUUUACUAUCAAAUGAAGAUAUCCAACAUACAUUCAAAAAUUUUUCAAAUAGUCAAAUUAUUUCUUGUGUCAAUUAUUUUCUAGAAUCAAACAAAGGUCAAUGUCAUAUUUAUUCAUGUCCAUUUACAAUCAGAAGUUAUGAAAAUAUCGCAAAUAAUUUUCCAGGUGGAUUAUUUACAUAUGUUUGUAAUGUGUCAUUAUUUGAUGAACGUCCUUUUGAACAUGAAUUUUUUAUUCGAAUUGCUCAAUCAUUUCCAUUUAUAAAAAAAUUAUCUAUAAACAAUCGAAAAGCACAAAAGAAUAAACAAAAUAGAAAAUUAAAAAAUAACAAUCAAGAUUUAUUAAUUAUUGAAUAUCCUUAUCUUAAGUGGCUAGAUUUUGAUGAGGCUCAUGAUGAUUAUGUGGAACAAUUUCUUCUUGAUACCAAAACAUGUUUACCGUCUAAUGUUGAUCUUUUAAUCGAUUACAAACCUUUAAAAAGAGUGACACACAAUUUUAGGCGAAAAACAACACAAAAUAAUUGUGCAAAAGUGAGAUAUAGAUGUUGGGAGAAAAUUUCUCGAUUUCCAAAACAUUUCAAAGAUUAUUUUCUUGAGACGACAAAUGUAUGA